GUUGGGUCCUCCACCUUGUUUGUUUUGCAUACUAUCUCUUUUCACUCUCUCUAGCCUCUCAUUCUUCUUCUCCUCCAUUUCUUUUCUUCACUGUUCUGAGUUCUUCCAUCCAUGGCAACUCAAGGUCAAGUUAUCACCUGCAAAGCGGCGGUGGCCUGGGAACCCAAUAAGCCAUUGGUGAUCGAGGAUGUUCAGGUGGCUCCGCCGCAAGCCGGCGAGGUCCGUGUCAAGAUCCUCUACACCGCUCUUUGUCACACUGAUGCUUAUACCUGGAGUGGCAAGGACCCUGAAGGUCUCUUCCCCUGUAUUCUUGGUCAUGAGGCUGCAGGGAUAGUAGAGAGUGUUGGUGAAGGUGUGACUGAAGUUCAACCUGGAGACCAUGUCAUUCCUUGCUAUCAAGCAGAAUGUCGAGAAUGCAAGUUUUGCAAAUCAGGGAAAACAAACCUUUGUGGCAAAGUUCGUGCUGCCACUGGGGUGGGAGUGAUGAUGUCAGAUCGUCAGAGUCGUUUCUCCAUAAAUGGAAAACCUAUAUAUCACUUCAUGGGCACGUCAACAUUUAGUCAAUACACUGUCGUUCAUGAUGUGAGUGUUGCAAAGAUUGAUCCCACAGCCCCUUUGGAUAAAGUAUGCCUUCUUGGAUGUGGUGUUCCCACAGGUCUUGGAGCUGUUUGGAACACUGCAAAAGUAGAGCCAGGGUCCAAUGUUGCUAUUUUUGGCCUGGGGACUGUAGGCCUCGCUGUGGCAGAAGGUGCCAAAGCAGCUGGUGCCUCGCGUAUAAUCGGCAUUGAUAUUGACAGCAAAAAGUUUGAAAUUGCUAAGAAAUUUGGAGCUAAUGAAUUUGUGAACCCAAAAGAACAUGACAAACCAAUUCAGCAGGUCAUCAUUGAUCUCACCGAUGGGGGUGUUGACUAUAGUUUUGAGUGCAUAGGGAAUGUCAAUGUGAUGAGGUCUGCUCUGGAAUGCUGCCACAAGGGCUGGGGGCAAUCCGUCAUUGUGGGGGUUGCAGCAUCUGGCCAGGAAAUAUCUACAAGGCCUUUCCAGUUAGUGACUGGUCGCGUCUGGAAAGGAACAGCUUUUGGUGGUUUCAAGAGUCGUUCUCAAGUGCCUUGGCUUGUUGAAAAGUACUUGAAGAAGGAAAUCAAAGUUGAUGAAUACGUAACCCACAAUUUGACCCUGGAAGAGAUCAACAAAGCCUUUGAUCUGAUGCAUGGAGGCGAUUGCCUUCGCUGUGUUCUUUCCGCCCAUCCCUAAGCUCAAGCCCGAAUUCGAUCUCUUUUAUGGAAGUUCCUAAAAAUAAUGCUGUUAGAAAUCUAUGAUAUUUUAUAGGACCAUAUAUGUAAUGAUUCAUAAUGUUUUAGCUUUACCCUGAAAUUUGGUAAAAGAAUUUAAUUUUCUCUAUGGUUCUAAACAGUAUUGACAUUUGAGCUAGGAUGAUAAAUGUCUUGAAUCAUUUCAUUGAAAGUCUACAUAAUAUUAGUCUAGAGACCUUGGUGGAUCUUUGAAGUUC